UCAUCUCAGUUUUUCUGUCUGAGUACGAGUGCGAAUACAUCUGUACAGCAUGGCAAACCUGACUGCAUUCUCCUUACUGCUACUGGUUGUCUCAGUGACAUUGGUCAGCUCCGGGCCGCCACACAUUAAGUCAUCUAGUUGCUGCCCUCGUCUCUACCGUACGAAGAUUCCAGAGAAGAUGGUGGUGUCCUGCCAAAUCACAGACAGCUCAUGCUACAAGAAAGCUUACGUGUUAACAACAAAAUCUGGGAAACAAUGGUGUGUCGACCCCGAGCUGAGUUGGGUGAAGAAGAUUGUUAAAAAGUGCAUGGAUGUCCCAUCAAAACAAUCACCAUUAUGAUUAAAUUUGAAUAUGUGUAUUUAUGCCACUUGUAAAUGCUAUGUAUGA